AUGUACUUCUAUUCGGUUGUGACAGACAAACUCAUAUCUGUUCAAAUAGGAACUGUUCAACCGUCAUUUAUCACAUGGUCUGAUGAUGAUAGAUUUAUUUAUUUUGUUGCAGCGGCAGUGAGGUCAAAAGAAGAGGAGGAUGCGCAUAGAGCAGAAUGGAAAAACGUGAUUAAUUAUAGACAGGGUAAACCUGGUGAGGGAAGUGUUAUCUAUCGGAUAGAUAUCGACACGAACAAUCCACUUCUAUCUGCAAAAGUCAGCGUUGUAGCUAAUGUUUCAUUGCUCAUCGGCGAACUUUUGUAUGUGCCAUACGAACAACAGCUUGUUUUUACAUCGAGAGGGAAAGCUUACGAAGAUUUGGACGACUUCGAAAUAUAUUCAAUUCGUUUAAAUAGUUCAUCAUCAUCAUUAUCAAGAUUAACGUACAUGGAAGGAGUUGAACAAGAAUUACAAUUAUCAAGUGAUGGUAAACAUGUAUUAUUUCGUUUAUGGGCUCUCAGUUCAGGUAAAGUCCAAACUACUCAACGACGACUCUGUUCAUUGGAUUUAAUCAACGGUCAAAUCAAUCGACUGGCAAAAAAUUUUGAUGGCGUUGUCACACAAUACACAGUUAAAUCGGGCGGUGGUGUUUAUAUCAUAGGGCAAUUGGGACUCAAUGUCCAAAUUUAUACCCAAGAAUCGUUGACAGAUGACGCGAUUUACCGACACGGAUGGAACGGAACCUAUGAACGGUUUGCUUCAUCAUCACAUCGAGCAGGUGGCCCAGUUGCAUUUGCUUUUUCGUCGCUCGAACGACCGAAAGAGGUGUAUUUGGCUGAAAGUAUUGAUCAACUAAUGUCGGCCAAACCGAUUACGAACGACAACGAGUUAUUUACGCAGAGAGAUUUACCUCAAGCGACGGCAUACCAUUGGAAAAAUACUGCAGACAAUCAAGUGAUAGAAGGCGUUUUACACUAUCCACCAGGAAAGUUCAAUGCAAAAAAUUUGCCUCUCUUAAUUCUUAUUCAUGGCGGUCCAAAUGUAGCAAGUGUAAAUGAGCUCCAAGCCACUUGGAAUUGGGCCACAAUGGCUGCCACUGAAGGUUGGCUAGUCUUAGAACCUAACUAUCGAGGUUCGACAGGCUAUGGCGACAAAUUUCUCGGUGAAAUUCGUCAUCGACUGCUUUCAUUACCCGGCCAAGAUAUUCUAAUGGGGGUCGAUCAACUGACGAAAGAUGGCAUUGCCGACCCGAAAAGGCUUGCCGUUGGAGGCUACAGCUACGGUGGUUUUCUAACAAAUUGGCUCAUCACUCAAACAACUCGUUUCAAUGCCGCUUUGUCGGGUGCUGGCGGAAUUGAGCAUGUUUCUGGUUGGGGUACUAUGGAUUUACCAGUACUUCUUAGUUAUUUGCAUGGGGGUUUUCCUUGGGAAGUACCACAAGUCUAUCAAAGUGAAUCUCCAAUUUAUCAAAUGAAUAAAGUACGUACACCGACACACAUUGUUAUAGGCGAAUAUGAUGCACGAGUCGAUACUGAUCAAAGUUUUAUUUUGGAACGUAGCCUUCACUAUCUUGGAAUACCUGUACAAUUGUUAGUGUUCCCAAACGAAGGACAUGCUAUCGCGAAUGAUCCUUGGAAUGGAAAAAUUAAAGUUCGGGAAGAACUCAAGUGGUUACAGAAAUACGGGAAUCAAUCGCUAUCGAAUGUAUCGAAUGGAUGUGACACAAAGAUUACAUCUCUCUUUAUUAUUUUUAUAUCAUUGUCAAUAUUCAUUUCUAAGAUUUACUUCUUUUAA